CACAGCUGGAGUUUCUCGUGAGCUGGGCUUUGGAUAGUCUCCAGGCUUCCAAGAGCCCAACGUACCCCAGAAAGUUUUUCCCCCUCUGGAGAUAACUACAUUUUGUCCAGAAACUCUGUCCUGAAAGAGGACUGAAGAAAACAUCCAGCCAGCACUGGGCAAGGAAAGGCAGCAGCAGAGAGUGAGGUGGUGUUCACUGGGCCGAAGGAUGGAGGCGCACAACGUAUCAGCCCCCUUCAAUUUCUCCCUGCCGCCUGGCUUUGGCCACCGGGCCACAGACACCGCCCUCAGUGUCAUUCUGGUGCUUAUGCUGCUGCUCAUCAUGCUCUCGCUGGGCUGCACCAUGGAGUUCAGCAAGAUCAAGGCUCACUUCUGGAAGCCCAAAGGGGUGAUCAUCGCCAUAGUGGCCCAGUACGGUAUCAUGCCCCUCAGCGCUUUCCUUCUGGGCAAGGUCUUUCAUCUGACCAGCAUUGAGGCUCUAGCCAUCCUCAUCUGCGGCUGCUCUCCUGGGGGAAACCUGUCUAACCUCUUCACCCUGGCCAUGAAGGGAGACAUGAACCUCAGCAUUGUCAUGACCACCUGCUCCAGCUUCACUGCCUUGGGCAUGAUGCCUCUCCUCUUGUACAUCUACAGCAAAGGAAUCUACGACGGAGAUCUUAAGGACAAGGUGCCCUACAAAGGCAUUAUGUUAUCACUCGCCAUGGUUCUCAUUCCUUGCGCCAUAGGGAUCUUCCUGAAGUCCAAAAGGCCACACUAUGUACCCUACGUGCUCAAGGGAGGAAUGAUCAUCACUUUCUCUCUCUCUGUGGCUGUCACAGUCCUGUCUGUCAUCAAUGUGGGCAACAGCAUCAUGUUCGUCAUGACACCACACUUACUGGCUACCUCCUCCCUGAUGCCUUUCACUGGCUUCCUGAUGGGCUACAUUCUCUCUGCUCUCUUCCGACUAAAUCCAAGCUGCAGACGCACCAUCAGCAUGGAAACAGGAUUCCAAAACGUUCAACUCUGUUCUACCAUCCUCAAUGUGACCUUCCCCCCUGAAGUCAUUGGACCACUGUUCUUCUUUCCUCUCCUUUAUAUGAUUUUCCAGCUUGCAGAAGGACUUCUCUUCAUCAUUAUCUUCCGGUGCUAUUUGAAAACCAAACCUCAGAAGGACCAAACAAAAAUUACCUACAAGGCUGCUGCAACAGAAGAUGCUAUUCCAGCAGCUCUGGAAAAAGGUACCUACAAUGGGAAUAGUCCUCCUACACAACCUGGCCUUUCCCCUAAUGGCCUGAAUUCUGGUCAGAUGGCAAAUUAGAAUGUGAAAACUUAGAAGCCACAAGAAAAGUAACACCUGGUGUGCCAGAUUGUUUGUCUAGCACUUCCAGCAAACCUUCAACAGCAGAAUCAUGAACUGAGACAGAAGAAGGGCAUCUAUCCAUCCCCAAAAAUCUAUUUGUUUAAAAGAUAAAAGAGAACUAGGCAAAGUGGUUCCUGCCUAUAAUUCCAAUGCUCAGAAACUCAAGGUCAACUUUGAGCACACAGCAAGACUGUCUCAAGAAAUCAAGAACACUUUCAGCAGCUAUGAACUCUUAUGAAGGCUCUAUGAAACAGCUACAUCUGAUAAACUAAUAUUAACAUCACUAUUUCUAGACUUUCCAGUAAGCAGGUGUUUUGCUCAUUAAGCAUCCACAACCUGCUUCAUGUUGUAACUCAAAAGGAAAUAAACUACAACUCGUAGUUCUAACUUACCAAA